GGUGGGCAGACUUCUGCUGUCACGCCAUGUCCGCUGGAUGGUUCCGGCGCCGCCUCCUGCCGGGGGGUCCGCUCCCCUCGCCGCGGCCCCCCGGGCCCCGCGCCAGCCCGGUGCCCUACAGACGGCCCCGCUUCCUGCGCGGCUCGGGCUCCGGCCCAGGCGCCACCGAAGCCUCGCGCCGCCGGGACGUCCGGCCCGUGCGCAGCCCAGCGCGGGGCCGUGUGUUGCCCUGGAACGCGGGCUACGCCGAGAUCAUCAAUGCAGAGAAAUCUGAGUUCAAUGAGGAUCAGGCCUCCUGUGGGCAGCUGAGCAUCCAGCGAUCUGAAUUUGGGGCUGAAGAGGACCAGGAGUGGCUGACCCUGUGCCCAGAAGAGUUCCUAACAGGUCAUUACUGGGCCCUGUUUGAUGGGCAUGGUGGUCCUGCAGCUGCCAUUGUGGCUGCCAACACGCUACACUCCUGCCUGCGCCGGCAGCUGGAGGCUGUGGUAGAAGGUUUGGUGGCCACUCAGCCCCCCAUGAACCUCAGUGGCCGCUGCAUCUGCCCCAGUGACCCCCAGUUUGUGGAAGAAAAGGGCAUCCGGGCAGAAGACGUGGUAAUCGGGGCUCUGGAGAGUGCCUUCCAGGAAUGUGAUGAGGUGAUCAGGCGGGAGCUGGAGGCCUCGGGCCAGGUGGGAGGCUGCACAGCCCUGGUGGCUGUGUCCCUGCAGGGAAAGCUGUAUGUGGCCAAUGCCGGGGAUAGCAGGGCCAUCUUGGUAAGGAGAAAUGAAGUACGGCCACUGAGUUCUGAGUUCACCCCAGAGACCGAGCGGCAGCGGAUCCAGCAGCUAGCCUUUGUUUACCCUGAGCUCCUGGCUGGUGAGUUCACCCGACUAGAGUUCCCUCGGCGCCUGAAAGGGGAUGACUUGGGUCAGAAGGUUUUGUUCAGGGAUCACUACAUGAGCGGAUGGAGUUACAAGCACGUGGAGAAGUCAGAUCUCAAGUACCCACUGAUCCAUGGACAGGGUAGGCAGGCACGGUUACUGGGAACACUGGCCGUCUCCCGGGGCCUAGGAGACCAUCGGCUCAGAGUCCUGGACACAAACAUCCAGGUCAAACCCUUCUUGCUCUCUGUCCCACAGGUGACUGUGCUGGAUCUGGACCAGCUGGAGCCACAGGAGGAGGAUGUGGUUGUCAUGGCAACUGACGGGCUCUGGGAUGUCCUGUCCAAUGAGCAGGUGGCACGGAUGGUGCAGCACUUUCUCCCUGGGAACCGAGAAGACUCACACAGGUUCUCGGAGCUGGCCCAAAUGCUGAUCCACAGUACACAGGGGACUGAGGAUGGCCCCAUGGGAGAAAGGCAGGUGUCCUACGAUGACGUCUCUGUGUUCGUGAUUCCUUUGUACAGCCGGUGCCAAGGAGGCAGUGGCCACUGA